GCAUGAUGUUGAUGGCGGAAUCGUCACCUUUGUCUCAAGCGGAAACGACGCGAAAUUAACCCGCCAGUCUUGUAGUCGACCGGAAGUUACGUCAAAGGUGGCGUUAAAACCAAAACCUCCAUCUUCGUUCAGGGAUACGCCAUCUUUAAUGAUUUCCUGUUCCCGGAUGCGUUUAUGAUUAUUUCUCCACAGGACUGACUUCAGAAGCGCUCGGUAGUAUAGUUAUAAGGAAGACGGACCCAUAUAGAGGAGCAUUUCGCAGCCCCCCCUGUGGGAGGAGCUGAUUACGACGUGUCGCCGUUCGCAUGUCUGGUGACGUCAUGACGUGUGGCGCUCAGGAAGCGGGGAGGCCCCGAGCGGCCAGCUGUGGAGUCGGAGACCGGGUCCUUGAAUAACGGGCCCGGGUACCGUGACAUUUGGAUUUGAAUAAUCUGAGCUCACUAGGGAGGCUUUCGGUCAAAGGUCACAGGCGAGGUCAAAGGUCAUAGACAGUCGUCUUGGAGGGCAAGCGUUGUGGGCUCUAGAGUGGCAGAGAACAGACAAACAGUCCGGGUGGGUGAGCUCUCGGCACUAGGUGGAGCAGAGACCGUCAGUGGGGCACAUAGUGUCCGCCUCAGCGGUAGUCGUGGAGCUGGUGAAUGUCCCUGAGCCCUCACCGUCAGAAGGGGACAUUAGGGCAAGGGUCGUCGCCGGUGUUUACAGUGUGACGAGGGAGGGGCACGGCCCGGACACUGCCAUGGAGGGAAUGGACGUUGAUCUUGACCAAGAGCUGAUGCAGAAGUUCAGUUGUUUGGGAACCACAGAUAAAGAUGUCCUCAUCUCUGAGUUCCAGCGGCUCCUCGGCUUCCAGCUUAAUCCUGCGGGCUGUGCGUUCUUCCUGGACAUGACCAACUGGAAUCUGCAGGCAGCUAUUGGAGCAUAUUAUGACUUUGAAAGUCCUAAUGUCAACAUCCCUUGCAUGUCAUUUGUCGAAGAUGUAACUAUUGGAGAAGGGGAGUCUGUACCUCCUGAUACCCAUUUUACCAAAACUUGGAGAGUACAGAACACAGGAUCUGAAGCUUGGCCGCCUGGUGUGUGCUUGCGUUACGUUGGAGGUGAUCAGUUUGGACAUGUGAAUAUGGUAUUAGUACGUUCUUUAGACACCCAGGAAAUGACAGAUGUUAGUGUACCAAUGUGCAGUCCCAAUCAGCCUGGCAUGUACCAGGGACAAUGGCGAAUGUGUACUGCUACCGGCUUAUAUUUUGGAGAUGUGAUAUGGGUUAUCCUUAGUGUGGAGGCUGGUGGCCUCCUGGGUGUCACUCAGCAACUCUCAUCCUUUGAAACAGAAUUCAACACUCAGCCUCAUCGCAACCUUGGUGGGGAUUUUAACCCCUUUGCUUCACCUCAGAAGAGUCGUUCUACAGAUGGAGAAAACAUGAGUACCUGGACAUCUGAAACAGAGACUCCUGAAGAAGAACAGAAUGGACUUUCUCAGACAUCUGUAAAUAUUUGUACGGAUCAUCAAACCAGCCAUUCUGUAGCAACAUAUAGAGAGUCCACUUACCCGUCGGCGAUGGCAGCGAGACGCGAUCGGCGGUGGCAGCAGGCGGCAGUAGAGGACGGCUAUGCGGCUCCCUGGAUCGUGCAGAAGCCGGGUGUGCACGGGCCUUACCCCUUUGGAGAUUCCUAAAAGAAGCUUUAUUUUUCUCCAAUGCCUUUUUGUCCUUUUUCCACUUCCUGAAAUAGGACCUCUUCUGCAAGAUACCUACUGAAGAUAUGUGGAUAGUGGCAUGAGUGACCUAGUGAAUUUGAUUCCAGGUGCUGCCUUUCUUUCUCCUUCUGAAGAGGGUCGUUUUGUUUUGUUGCACAAAUGUUACACACCAACCAAGAACAAAUUGGAAGAAUUAUUUAAAAUUCAGGUGCAAGAGAUCAACUUGUAUAAUUCUAAAUGAAUUGUUUCUACUUGUUAAUGCAAAGCUACCAAGAAUUUGAUCAUUUUAAUACAGAAGUUGAGUUUUAGCACUUGAAAGUCAUUUAGCUAGCAAGACGAUGCAUAAUUGUUACUAGUAGCACUAGUGUAAAUGGUAAGAUGGUCUCUAUUUCUUAAAGUGCUAUAUUGCAAUUAUUGCUAAUAGCCCUGAGUUUCUGACAGCUUUUGGUGGCAGAGCGUUUGUAAAGGAACAUUUUAUUGAAAUUGUGUUGUGCAUUUUUUUCUCUCCUUUUUAUUGGAGGGUUUGCCAAUGUUCAUGCAGGUAGUGUUUCCUUUGCUAUGCUCCAUAUUUAAAAACAUGAGUAAAUAAAUGUUAUAUCACUUUGCUAAAUAAGAAGGCUUUACGCUUUCAGUUUUAUGGAAGUUGCCAUAAAAUCCACUGCUUUGUAGCGAUCCUUUCAUGUUGUACAGAGAUUCAUAGGCCAUAGCACAGGAAAUAUUUGUAAGCUUCAGUUAAAGGGUUACUCCGCUCCCCAGCAUCCGGAACUCAAUGUUUCGAAAGCUGGGUGCGGGCUUCCGUGUUCACGCCACCCCCUCGUGAUGUCACGCCCCCUCAAUGAAAGUCUAUGGGAAGGGGGCGCGACAGCCGUCACACCCCUUAAAUAGACUUGCAUUGAGGGGGCGGGAAGUGACAUCACGAGGGGGCGGGCCUGAACACGGAAGCCCACACCCAGCAUGCGGAACAUUGAGUUCCGGAUGCUGGGGAAAGGAUUAACCCUUUAAGCUUUGAAGCUUACAAGUUUACGUUUGCAAACUCUGUUUACUAGAGCGAGGGGGGAGUUGUAAAACUUGUUGUUUUGUUGGCUUUAUUAAAACACAUUUUUUAAGACAGAUCACCAUUUUUUUAUUUAUUUUUUUGGUGUGGCCACCUUCUCUUGUACCCCACAUUUAAAGGAAAACUGACUGCAAGUUAGGGCAUCCCAACAUGCUGAUAUACACUAAUAGGGGCGCCUCCAUAUAUAUGUAAUAUUACUUUUAAUCAUGUGCAAAUAAGGCAGUUCAAUACACCUACUCAAGAGUACAUUGACCUCACUAAAGGCAAUUGCAUUGCUAGAGGAGUGGGCUGAUGGCCAUAUCUGUGCACUCAGGUGAAUCAGGGGCAUUCUUGUACCCCGAACAGCCUCAUUUUCAUAUCAAUAGAACUGUAAUUACAGGUAUAUGGGGCACUAUAUUAAAGGUACUAUAAUUCAUGUGGUAAUGACUUAUGGUCGAUCAGCAGGUUAGCAUGUCGUAACCUGCUAUCAGAUUUCCUCCUUUUUAAAUUAUUUGAAUACCAAAAAAUAACGUACCCAAAAUGGUCUUUUGGGGGCAUAGAAUUUCGGAAACAGUAUUUGCUUUGCCUUGUAGAAGCAUCCACAGGGGCUAUUACUGCACGUUCAUAUCAGACUCUUGUUAAUUAUUCUGAACUCUAAAUAAAUAGUUUUACACUGUUAAAAACUUUGAUUUAGUAAUGAGAGAACCCUUUUAUAGGAGGAUUGUUAAAGGAAAUAUUUUACAUACAACAUUGUGUGUUUUUGAAUCACUGUUUAGGGUUUGUGUCAGGCUCUUUGUGAACAUAUUUUUGUCCACAUAUAGGUAGAAAUGAUAGUUGCGGCUGCACUUUUUUUUUUUUUAUAACGUCAUCUGAAGUUUAGAACUGCCAUCAUAAGAAUUUAAAGAGCUUAUCCAGUUGGGGGGGGGGGGGGGGGGGGUCAUGGUCCUAACUGUGCCCAUUUAACCUCUACGUCCCUAUAGCGCUUCCCUGGUGCCACCAGUGUCCUCCUUUAUUCCCUUGGUUUGAUUUCUGAGCUUCAGUGUGACGUGUAUGUCAUACUGCCACUGCCACGCUGCAGCACAGGAAGACUCACACUGAGGGACAGGAGCAGGACACUGGAGGCACCACUAAAAAUAAGUAGAAUUAUUUAUUUAUUUUUUUUACAUCCCACACAAUGGGCAUAGUAGAUAACUAUGAUAACUAGAUAACCACCACUGGAUAACCCCUUCACAUCCGAAGACCAGUUCAAAUUCUCUUUAAGCAUGUUAGGUUUUUUUCACCCUUGUGCUCAAUUUGAUUUAAAUGUACCCCCAUAAUAUUUUAAAGGUUCAGAAGCAGAUACUUUUUGUAGUGUUGAGAACUCUAGCUUAAGGUUUUAUUGUAGGAACGUGCUUUCAAGUCAUAUAUCCGAAGAGAAAAUAUAUAUAAAUAUCUAUAAACAGAUAUAAUUUUUGGCAUAAAAAAAGCUCCUUGUUUGUUGUAUUUUUUUAUGGUGUGAGCGUUUAGUAGUUAGGGUGUGUGCUCAGGGUAAGAGAUGCAUGAGACGAGUGUGCAGAGUGCUUGGAUUUUUGGGGGGUUGGGUUGAAAUGCUUGGAAAAACUGAAAAAAAAAUCUGAAAAUAAAUGAGGAUUUUCCCUUAUUGUUUAAAGAAAAUUUCUAUCAAUAAAUGAACGUUAAAAAUA